GAGCGGUCAGAGAUUUUACCGACGUGUACUUUUAACAUUCGGUGGAAUAGUAAUCCAUUUUUAUAAGUUAUUCUUAAGGUUUUUGGAACUUUUCAUGAACAGUUGUAGCAUACGUGUCCUUUAAAAAAAUAUUAUUAGGUCGGGGGAACAUUCAUACAAUUUUAGUUUAAUCCUCUAACUGAAGAGUAUAAAUUAGAAUAGUUACAAUUUUAGUAAACAACUUGAAAAUGAAUAGAAACAAGAGUGAAAUUCGAUUUAUUUUUUAUGCGAGUGGCAUAUUUAUUUGUUAUUUUAUAUUUGGUAUGUUGCAAGAGAAAAUAACUAGAGGAAAAUAUGGAAACAAUGAUAAAUUUACGUGUACUCUUUCACUUGUUCUCGUUCAAUGUAUUGUUAAUUAUAUUUUCGCUCAAAUUUUAAUGCUAUCUUGGAAGCAUGAGAAAGAUACAACAAGCAAGAUGUAUUAUUUUUCUUCAGCCCUUACCUACUUGUUGGGUAUGGUCAGCUCUAAUAUGGCUUUACAAUGGAUCAAUUACCCGACACAGGUUGUCGGGAAAGCAGCAAAACCAAUACCAGUGUUGAUACUUGGUGUUAUUUUGGGUAAAAAAGUGUAUCCUAUAAGAAAAUAUUUUUUUGUAUUACUAAUUGUGAUCGGUGUGGUUUUGUUUAUGUACAAGGAACAAGCGAGAAUGGUUGUGGAAGAAUCUCAAGGUUUAGGAAUAGGGGAGCUUCUACUGUUUUGCUCAUUGACUAUGGAUGGAUUGACUGGUGCUGUGCAGGAGAGGAUAAAAAGUGAAUCAUCUCCAACAGCCUAUUCCAUGAUGUUAAAUACAAAUGGAUGGUCAACACUAAUCUUAAGCAUAAGUGUAAUUCUUACUGGAGAAUGCUUCAAGUUCGUCGCUUUUGUCAACCUGUAUCCGGAAGUACUAAUCUGGCUUACAGGGUUGUCUCUAAUGGGCGCUUUGGGACAAUUAUUCAUAUUUUUCAUGGUUUCUGAAUUUGGACCUUUGCCAUGCUCCGUUGUAACCACAACGAGAAAGUUCUUCACCGUCUUGGCGUCCGUAAUUAUUUUUGGAAAUGUUUUGAUGUUAAGGCAAUGGAUUGGUGCUAUUCUUGUCUUCUCUGGUCUAUUUUUAGACAUAAUCUGCAGAAACGGAAAGAGUCCUGCAAUGAAGAUAGCUAAUAAAUAAAUUUGUUUAAUGUUCUGUGGAAACAUCAAUAUAAAAAUAUUAUAUUGGCCAAAUAUAUAAAAGUGAUAUCUGCCGAUUCAAUUCACAUCAUUUCAUUUUUGUGUAUUUGGAAAUUAGAAUAAAUGUUAUUAAUUUUAAUUUUUAGCAAAAUAUUAUUUUUUGAAUAUUUUUAUACAAGAAUAUGACUAAACGGGUCUUCCCCAAAGAUUUUUGUCUAAAUAAUAUUUAUGUGUUUAUUCACAUUUUGAAUACAGUACUAAAUUUUUUGGGAUAUUGUACAAACUUUAUAGAUAUGUAUUAUGUAUGUUCAGCUUGUUUAUUGAUAAUUUUUAGCUACUAACCGUGAUAUCACGGGUAUCCAAUCUAGUACUUCCGAUUUAUACGGCAUCAAAUUAAACCAAUAAGCCACAGAGGCUAUACGAUACGUACCUAUACGUGUUUGUAUUAAAAAAUCUGAUAAGAUAUGCAAUUUUAUUUCAAUUAAAUAUUUAUCAUGACUUAUGUGUAUUUGAUGAAAUUGUGAUACGAUAUGACAUUUCGUUUACUUAAUAUAGCUAAUUUAUGACAUUUUAUUUUUAAAAUGAAUUUGAAAAAAUAAUAAAUAUUUGACAAUA